AUGGCAGACGCUGAGCUUGAAGAGAUUCGAAAAGCUCGCCUUGCACAACUGCAGGCACAAGCAGGACGAGGUGCAGGGCCAAGUGACCGCUCGAACCUCGAUCAGAGGCGACAACAAGAAGCCGACGCCAGUCAAGCCAUCCUUAACCAAAUCCUCCUUCCAGAAGCAGCUGACCGUCUAGGUCGGAUUAGACUGGUGAAGGAAGAGCGAGCGGCAGAUAUUGAGAAUAGACUAAUCAUGCUGGCGCGAACGGGCCAGUUGCAGGCCAAGGUUACAGAAGAACAGUUAAAGGAGUUGUUGAAUGCAGUUGCAGAGAAUAAGAAAGAGGAAAAGAUUGUGAUUAAUAGGAGGAAAGAUGGAUGGGACAAUGAUGAUGAUGGUGAUGAUUUGUCGGAUUUGCGAAAGGGUUUCUAA